AUGAGAAGAACCACAUUAUAAUCAGAGUUGAAGUUAAAUAAGAAAAAAAUGUUCAAUAAGGAAAAUAUACCCUAACCAGCGAAAACUGGAAGAAAGCAUUUCGAAGAUAACUAAUUCUACUUACCAUAAAGAUAAAAUGAUGAGAAUCCUUAAAUUAAAAAAGUAAGUAUCUCCCUUUAAUUAAAGACAAUAAUGAUGUUCCCUGAAAAAAAAAAUGUCACUAAUUAUGAUAACGUAAUUGAACGUAAGCCAUCAAUUAGAAUAUUUUAAUAACAAACAACAAAUUAAAAUUUUCGACUUUGUGAUAAAUAAUCCUAAAUAACAACUAGUUCUACUAAUUUCCACCCACUUCGAAGCAAUUCAGCCAACAUUUACUCCAUUUUUAAUAAUGAUAGAGUAAAAAACUAGAAAAAAUUUUGA